AUGUCAAUAGGUGAUACUGAAUUGACAAAAUGUAUGAAGACAAUAUCAAUACCUAUUCAAAAACAUAUUUCACAAACAGUGAUAUGUAAUUGGUCAAUAAAUAAUUGUAGUUUAUAUCAGUAUGAAUUGUUUUCUUUGAAAAAUUUAACAUCAUUAACAACUAGAAAAUAUUCAACGACAACUUAUCAAUCUAAUCAACGUAAUUCAUAUACUUUUACUCUCAAACUUAUUGGUAUACUUAUAGCUGUUUUUGUUUUUGGCAUGAUUAUUAUUCAUGUAUGUUAUAAAUUUUGUAAUUCAUAUCGUUCUUCAAAUAAUUUAUUAUCAAAUCGUCGUAUGCCUAUGGUACGCUCUCAAAUAGCUACUAUUGAACUAUCUAAUUUUAAACCAGAUUUACCACCAUCGUAUCCUGAUGCAAUAGCUAAUAUUGAUAAUGAUGAAAAUAAAUUACCAUCAUAUAAUGAACUACAAAAUGUACGUAGUGAACUUUCAAGACAAACAUAA